UCGAAGGCCAACCCGCAACCUCGAUCGUUGCAAAGGCACUUUGUUUGCUGGCAGAAAAGGGAAUAAUAGGCGUCGUCGAUUCGAUGGAUGCCUCACUGGGUAAUGGCGAAAUGCCAAACCAGAACCCUAUCAAUCCAAGAAGUAACGUGAUUCUGGUUCCGUCGUCUUCAUCGCCGGUGUGGCCCACCAUUGACGGCCCACUGGGGCUCUCUGAGGAAGACUCUGUGAGUUACGCGCGUAGAUUCUACAAGUUCGGGUUCGCUCUGCUCCCCUGGCUUUGGGCCCUCAACUGCUUCUACUUCUGGCCCGCUCUCCGCCACUCCCGCUCCUUCCCUCGCAUUCACCACUAUGUUUUGAGAUCAGCAGUUGGGCUCACAGUAUUUACUGUUCUUCUUGCAUCAUGGGCACUUACGUUUGUCAUCGGAGGGGAGCGCCUGUUCGGACAUGUUUGGGAUCAACUGGUGAUGUACAAUCUUGCUGACAGACUAGGCUUGACAGGUUGGAGCUAAGUCUACGCCUUGGCUGAACUUCACCGGUACAAAAACACUUGUUCAUGGCUACAUUUUUUGUUUUUGUUCAAUCAUAUAAUUGCAUUAGGUUGACAGAAAGGGACAGGGUGUUCAUAUCAUAGGCUACAUGAAAUGCAUUGGUGAAUUUUAAAUAUUCUAAGCACGAGGUUGAUUGUUUAAUGCAUUUUUACUAUGUAAAGAGUUCAGAAGAGUUCACGAAGCCUUUGCCUUUUGUGCUCAAAUAUGUGAUUGUGAUAUUAGGACUUGAAUACAUUUCCAUUUCUGACUA